UUUGCAAGAGAUGACAAGGCAGCAAAAGGAAGGAAACCAUUGGUACUCCUUGCAUAUGAACUUUCAAGCUGAAAGGUUCGAAGCACUUGAUUCAAUGCGGGGCGAAGGUGAUGAAGCUCUAAUAAGCCACGCAAAUGCUCUAAUCAGUAGGAUUAAGGCACUCUGGAAUAUACACUACAUCACAUCUAAGGUUCAAAUCCAGAAUUGGGAUUUGAAAAUUAUAAAUGUUCCAAUUCAGGCAACCAUUUUUGAUUGUGGGUAUCAUGCCAUAUACAAUGUUGAGAAAUGGGAUGGACAGAACGUUCCUCCACUUGCGAAAGACGAUGUGCCUAAGCUACGGAGGGUGUUACCUCACAGGUGGUUGACAGCCGAUUUUAACAAAGAAAAAGAAAAUUGGAAGUGGAUUUUGUUCAACAAUGUUGUCCGGUAAUACACCUACCCUGUUUAUCCAGAGAAA